AUGGAUCGUGGUGACCCUGAUCGAAGCAGCAGCAAGGCAAGCAGCGUCUCUGGAAGGUCUCAGUCUGCGAAAAGCUGGAAUUCCUUGCCGCCGGAUGAGAGAGAGCUGGCGAACGAACUGCAUUCGCAGCAUCUCCGCCUAGAGUCGCGGGGAAGCAACAGCAAUAGUAGCAACACGUCACAGCCUCGAGACAAACUCCAAGCUGCGGAAGCAGCUGAGCGAGACAUCGAGGCUCGCCAUAGCCAAAGCAGAUCGUCGCAACAGCCGCACUCCGUCACCGCAUCUCCAGCAGUCGCGCGGUCUGCUGCUGACUCCGGGAGAGAGAGGCAGUCGAAUGCACGCAGCGGCUCUGGCAGCAGCGGCUACAAGCAGGUUCGUACCAGUGAGGCCUUGGGAUCAGAGAGCUCCUCAGGUGCUUCGAAAGAAGCCCAGCAAGUGGCGGAGCUACAAGCGAAGAAUCAAGCGCUGGAAGCGGCCUUGCGGUCAAGGGAUGCUCAGGCAACACAGAUGAUAGCAGACUGCACGGACAUCGACAGCCGGAAUCAAGAGCGGAUGACGGCGAUCGAGUCGCAGCUUGCAGAUGCAGUCAAGGCUAGGAAGAAAGCGGAAGACGAGCGUGAUGCCGUGGAAGUGAAGGCUGCGGGCGACAAGGCCAAGAGUGCAUCUUCUCUAGCUGCCGCGAACGAAGACCGGCUGAAGCUUGAAGACAGGGACCGGAAGACUGAGGCAAGAGCCGCAGAGGCUCAAGUCGAACUCGAUGCAGCUCGAUGGGAUCUCCGCCAGUCAAAGCAGCGGGAACUCGUAGAGACCCGGCAUCAGGAAAAGGCCAAGGAGCUCAGCGACAAUCGGAUUGAGGAGUUGGAGGGCUUGCUGAGCAGUGCAAACCGUCAACUCGCGCUGCUAAGACGGGAUGAACCGAAUCUUGGGAGCACCGCAAGCGAGAGGAGCCUUCAGGAUCAGAUUGACUUGCUCAUCGAGGAGAGGGCGCAAGAUCGGAAAGACAUGAGCGAAGCUCGCUUGGAACUUCUCGGACUAAAGAAAAAGCAAGCGAUGCAAGCCAUUGACCAAGCAAAGUCUCCUUCAGAGCUUCGUCAGGCACAUCAGGCAGCAGGAGGGGGAGGAGGAAGGUCGCGAGGCAGGGGGCGAGGAAGGGGAGCAGGCAAGGGCAUGCUGGAGAUUAUAGAGGAGGAAGAAGGCUCUGUUGGGCUGCCAGCACGCGCAGCGGAGUCCUUGGCCAGUGAGUGUGACAGCAGCGACUGUGGAGAUCUGGACGACCUUACGAAUCCAGAUCAAUCUGCCCAGAAUGACCUGUUGAACAAGCUAUUGGCCGAGCUUACAGUUGAGCGGAAGGCAAAGCAAGACAUGCGAGAUGACCACGCUGGUCAGCAUGCCGAGCAUGUGGAAGAGGUAGCUCAGCUGCAGAGGCAGCUUGCAGCCGCUGGAGUUCUUCAGGAAACAACUUCUGCAGAGAAUAUCCGCUUGCAGAGCAUUGGGAAAGAGGACAAGAUCAAGCAGUUGCAGCAGGUGGAUGACUUGCACGUCAAAGUGAGGGAGCUAGAGGAGGCACUAUUUGUGGAAAUGAAGGUGCAGACGGACAAAGAGGAGCAGCAAGAGUUCACCAAUGCCGCACUGCAGGAGAAAAUUCAGCUGCAAGCCGAGCGAAAUGCUGGAACAGAUGAGAUGCACGGUCAGGCUAAAGACGACUCCCCAGAGGAAUCCCUCUACAAGCGGAUAAGGGAGUUGGAAGAAGAGAGAAACCUUCUGCUCAGCAAGAUUGAGGUUCAGGAGGUGCAACACCAGGUGCAGCUGGAAGACGCCUACCGUGAUCAUGCUUCCAGAUUGCAGGAGCAGCGAGUGAAGUUUGAGGCGCAGAUCGCAGAGAUCCGGUCCCGAUAUGAGCAGCUACUCAGGCAGAGGCCUGGUCACGGUCAUUCAGAGGAUUUGCUUCUGGGCCUUGGCUCCUGGAGCAACGUCUCCAGCUUGAGCGCAGAGGCUUCAAAAGAGGUGAGCAGCCCUGCGUCGCAGAGCACCGGCGGUACCGCUGGCACUUCCAUCUCGGAGAAGAUUCGCUGCAUGAUUUGGGCGGUCCUCGGCCUGGUUCCUAACGCAGUCGCCCUGCAGUGUGCUUUUGAUGACCUGGUAAUCCAGAAGGCCACGGCUAGAGCAGGUGCCAUCUUCAGUGGGCUGGAUUUGAUGGGCAUGUCCUUCUUUUCUCUGCUCCAAGAUAAAACCAAUGCAGCCGUGAUCAGACGAAUGAUGCUGGUGAACCAAUCCAUGGCCGAUAGCAGCCAGUCGGAGAUCCCCUCCUUCGUCGCUGCCACCUUGGGCAGAUUCGGGCUUCACGGGAUCUCUGGACAAGUGGUUGAUGGAGUUCUCUCCAUGGCUCACCUACCUGCUGACUCUCCGCGCGCUUCUGGACCUGACGGUCGCCACAUCAUCCUGGUGAUCUCUGAGCAACAGCAGCCAAAGCGCGCGGGUGGAGUCUCUGUGGCUAGCAGCGAUGUCUGCCCUAGUGACAGUGUCAGUGUUGGCAAGCGUCGGCCUCAAUUCAUGACUUCCGAGUUGCAAAGAUCCAAACUCAGAGCGUCAUUCUUCGAGGCAGAUGGUAGGACGUCCGCCAUCUCCGGCCACUCUUCCCCGCGCAACUCACUGGCUUGA